AUGGGUGCUUCGAUUAUCAACCUGAAGUUCUAUAAUGGCACCGCAACUUACUGCUGUGGCACCCCAGUCAUUGACGGUGACAAGAUCGUCUGCCCUGAUAAUCCUACCUCCGGGUUCGAAGUCCCCACAGGCUGGCCUAUUCCCGGUCGCGCACUGCUGGCCAAUUCUACGCUACUCGACGCGAUUGCAACGACAUCGUCACCAUCUGCAACAGCUUCGGUCUCAUCCUCAUCGUCAUCCUCAUCUGACUUAUCGGUUAUUUGUACCACAUGUCAUGAAACCGCGAUUGGUGCUGGAGUAGGGGUGCCACUUGGUGUAAUCGCAUUACUCUCGAUAGUAUGGGCGCUGUUUGAGCGGCGGCGGGCAUUGAAGGGCCGGGGAAUGUUGCCAGCUACGGGUACACCAUAUGGUGGCCCGUAUACGAACCUGCGCGAUGGGGGGAAUCGGCCGGUAGAGUUGGACGGUAUGUAUCGGGUACAGGAACUCGCCAGUUCAGUGGACAGUCCAUCUGAGAUCAUGUCAAAGGGCAGCGUGAAGUAA